UUAUCCUGCGGGCACUGGCCCCAUGUUCCCUGCCCCCGGCGGGCCUGGGGAGCCCUGGCAGCCGGUGCCCUCGCUCUGGAGGCUGGUGGAGGAGCAGGUGGUGCCCAGCGAGAAGCCCGAGGUGAAGAGCAUCCUGGGGGCGGACGUGGUGGAGCGCAGCUUGGAGCUGCAUGCGGAGGUGGAGACCCUGGUGGAGCUGGGGCGGGAGGCGCGCUCGGCCUGCACCGGGCUGGAUCAGUGCCCCCCGCAGGGGGUUGGGGGCUGGGCUCUCCUGACAGCCCCCCCGCACCUCAAGGAGCUGGUGAGACAGGAGCUCCGGCUGCUGCUGCUCAGCCUCCAGCAGAAGGCGUCCGAGGAGGGCAGGGACACAGCCGAGGCCAUCGCUAAGUACAGCCCCCACGUGGUCAGCUUUGCCCUGGGGCCGCACGCUGGAGGGGAGUGUGCAGGACAGGACAGGUCCCUGGCUGGGAGCACCAGCACCAGGUGGGGCUCUGCCCGGGCACGCCCAGGCGCCAGUCUCGUCCACUGCCUGGAGCCCCUCAAGGACAAGCUGAGCAUCUCCCGCAUCCACCAGGCGCAGGCCCAUCUCCGGGCCCUGCUGGAGGAGGAGUGCCGUGCCCUGGAGAGACACAUCUGCCACCUCCAGAGCUGCCUGGAGGAGGAACACCGGGCCGCCACGGGGCCAGUGCAGCCGGCACAGGAGCCAACGAUGGCUGAGCUGCAGGAGCAGAGACGAGCCAUGGAGCGGGACCUGCAGCUGGGCCACUUGGACCCCAGGACUGGCCUCUCCCAGGAGGUCCAGCGCCCUGAGCCUGCAGCCCCCCCACAGCCCAGCUGCCCCGUGGGUGUGAGGAGCCCUGCACCAGCCUGCGUGUCCCCCCGCCUGGCACCGGCUGCUCCGUCCCUGUCGGGCCGCAGAGAGCCAGCCCCGCGAGGCCUGGGCAGUGCGCAGGGCCGAGUGCCCCCCGCCGGGUGCAUCUGCUCUCAGGGUGGCCUGGCUGGGGAGCUCCAUGGAGGGGCUGCGCCCCCCGGCUGGACCCAUGGCCAAGGCCAGAUGGACAGUGAUGCUGAGCACCAGGACCUGGCCACGCCGUCACCCCGGGGAGCUGGGGUCCCUCCUGCAAGCCCAGCCUGCAGCCGCCUGGUGCCCCCGCCAGCAGCACCAGCGCCCAGCCUGGCCUUCCUCCCCUCGCCACCCCCAGAGCAGCGCCCGCCCCUGCGCCCCCUCUCCGGCCGCCGCCUGAGGCUGCUGGGCUGCCUGGCGCCCAGCUAGUGCAGGGAGCCUCGCCCGCCCGCCCGCCCGCCCUGCGGCAUGGGGAGGGGGUCCUGCCCCAGCUGCCCCCAGCUCCAGCACUACUUCCUGCCCUGCUGGAUCCCUCUGCCCCCAGCUCGGCCUUGCUCUGCCCUGGAGGCACCCCACCUGCCGGGGCAUCUUGGGGGGCAGAUCCUGAGCUGAGCACUGGGCCUGGCCUGCAACGCCCCCUCCUGGCUGCCCCCUGCCACAGUGCGUGGGGAGCUGUGCAGCGUGCACGGGCCUAGUGUCAGGUGGGGGAGGGGCUCAGGUACCAUGUGCCCAGCGGGUGGGGGGCAAGAGGCUGCCUGGGGCCUGGGCACUUCUCAGUGCUCCUGCCGCCGGGGGGACGGGGGGGGGGAAUGGGCCCUUGUAGCCGGAGGCAGGCGCUGGGUUUCCUGACCCCAGGCUGGCACCGUGCCCUCUCUGCGGGGCCCCCUGCCCUCACCCACCCUGGGCAGGACCCACACAGCUGCCCCCCCUCCCCCCGGCAUGAGGCUAGGGGCUGGGCCCUGCUGUGGGCCUGCCGGGUGCCUCUGCCCAGCGCCAGCGAGUUGCAAGGCCAGGUGUCGGGAUCGGGGCCUGGCUGCCCUGGGCCAGGCCUGGGCGGGCAGUGCCGGGGGGGGGCGGGGUACCAGGGUCUCUCAGGCGUGCCCCUCCCCCAAAGAAAGGCAGCCGCACACGCACGCAGGAAUAUAAAUUUCAUUAAAAUCUAUCAGACUUUAAAACUCUACACGGGGCGGCGGCGCGGCCCAGCCCCAGCACCGUAUCGCUACCGAUGAGCCGGGACGGGGAGCGGGGGCAUCACGGGCACACGGGGCAGGGCACAGGAUCCAUGCGGGAAGAAGUGCAGGCGGGGAAAGGUGCCCACAGGGCUCCGCAGGGCCCCCUGCGUUGGCACGUUCCCCAGCCGCUGCCUUGGUGGCAGGAGUGGGGCCGGCUCCACUGCCCGUGGCCCCGGUCCCCGGGGACGUGGGUAAGUCCCACCAAACUCGCUUCGAGGGUGGCGUGAGCAGCCCCACGGCAGCGCCUGCCCCUGCCCUGCCCGUGAGGCUUGGCUUUGAGCGGUGCCCUGGCAGGGUGGGGGCGAGGCCGGGCCUGGCCCAGGUGGGCGCUGGGCUCCCGGCUGGAGGGGGGAUGCCCAAAGGCGUGUACCCGCCCCCCCCCAUGGGCCAGGCCCAAAGCUGGGUUGGGGGCAGGGCCCAGCUGCUCCCUGGCCCCUGACACACACAGAGCCACGGCUUGUAUUGCCCCUGGGUCCCACGCGGGCUGGGAGCUGGUCCCUCCCCACGCCUGUCUGAGCCAGCCCAGCCCCAUGCUGUGGGCACCCUCUGGGGGGGCUGCAGAGUGAUCUGGUGAGCACCCCCCGCUGCAGCCCCCUCUAUUAAUAUGCGUCUGACGCAGAGCAAAGCGCCUCCCCCCCUCCCCCGCCAACUUAGUGCUUCUGGCCCCAGGGGCCUCGUGUGCAAUUUAGCAGCAGGCUGGGGCGCUGCCCCUCCCCACCAUGGGGGCUGUGGGGCCCAGGGUGAGUCCAGCUGGGCCAAGCGAUCCCCCUCGCAGCAGGGGGCUGGACUCGGCCCCUCCGGCCAUAAAGUGCUUCCCCUCCCCGGGGCAGAGCCAUGAGGGUGCAGGGCCACCCCCCGAGCCAAUGCCCAGCCCCCUGCUCAGCCACACCAGCAGGGAGCAGACAAGGCCGUGGGUCCUGCUAGCUCGGUGAAGCCCCUCAGGCAGGGCUGAGCAAAUGGAGCCCCCCCGACCCCCGUGCCAGCCCCAGGCUAGGAGUUGGGGCCUGGAGUGGCUGGCUGAUGGCACAGACACCUGGCUGGCACUGGCAUAUGGACCCAGCCAGCUACCUCAAGGGGGGGUCCAAAGGGGAUGGAUCUAGACUGUUCUCAGUGGUACCAGGUGACAGAACAAGGAGCAAUGGCCUCAAGUUGCAGUGGGGGAGGUCUAGGUUGGAUAUUAGGAAACACUAUUUCAC